UACGGCCUUACACCGUUAUACACUCGUUUGUACCCAGCACUAUUUAAGUCUAUAAAGUAAUCCCCCUCAUCCCUACUCUCCGACACUCUGCCAUACUCUCACUCUCACUCUCCACCAUGCUCCCUCUAACUCGAAGAACCAAACUCCUCCUCUUCUCCCCUCUCCUCCUACUCCUCUUCCUCCUCUUCCUCCUCAUUAUCCAAAAACCCACCACCACCAACCAAGGCCGCCGCCACCGCCACCACUACCACCUCCUCCGCCGCCGCCACUCCCACCUCCAAGCUUCUGAUGCUGAUGCUGCUGCUGCUGCUGCAGCGGCGGCGGCGGCGGCGGCGGCGUACUGCGAGGGAGCGCUGUACCCGGAGCUGUGCGAGGCCACGCUGUCGACGGUGGAGGAUCUGCACAAGAAGCCGCUGGCGGAGGUGAUCUGCGAGGUGGUGAACAGCACGGAGGACGCCGUGCUCUCCUCCGCGGCGAACUGCUCCUCCUACCUCCGCCCCGGAAGCCGCUACGGCCGCGCCCUCACCCCGAUCGAGGAGCUCGCGCUCGGCGACUGCCUCGAGCUCCUCGACUUCACCAUGGACGAGCUCCGCGCCGCCGCCGCCGAGCUCACCGCCGAGGGGGCCGCCUCCGACGCCAACGUCAGCGACGUGCAAACGGCGCUCUCCGCCGCCAUGACCAACCAGUACACGUGCCUCGACGGGUUCUCGCACGUGGACGGAGCUGCAGGGUCGGGGGGCGGGUGGGUGCGGCCGUACAUCGAGGGGCGCAUCGACCGCGUGUCGCACCUCGUGAGCCACACGCUCGCCAUGGUGAAGAAGCCCGAGGGCUACGGCGCCGUGUCGGGGGGAUUCCCGAGGUGGGUGUCGCCGGCCGACCGGAGGCUGCUGCAGGCGGCAACAAAUACGACAAAGCCCGACUUAGUUGUGGCAAAGGACGGGAGCGGAAACUUCAUGACGGUGGGGGACGCGGUGGCGGCAGCCCCCAAUAAUACGGCGACGAGGUUCAUCAUCUACAUAAAGGCGGGCGGAUACUUCGAGAAUGUGGAGGUCGGAAAGAGCAAAAAGAACAUCAUGUUCAUCGGGGACGGGAUCGGCAAGACGGUGAUCAAGGCGAGCCGGAACGUCGUCGACGGGUGGACCACUUUUCGGUCGGCCACCGUCGCCAUUGUUGGUGACGGAUUCCUCGCUCGCGACAUUACAAUCGAGAACUCCGCCGGACCGAGCAAACACCAGGCCGUGGCCCUGAGAACUGGCUCCGACCUCUCCGCCUUCUACCGGUGCAGCUUCGUCGGGUACCAGGACACUCUAUACGUGCACUCCCUGCGCCAGUUCUACCGCGAUUGCGACAUCUACGGAACCAUAGAUUUCAUUUUCGGAAAUGCGGCUGUUGUUUUCCAGAACUGCAACUUGUACGCCCGAAAACCCGAUCCAAACCAAAAAAAUGUGUUCACGGCACAAGGCAGGGAGGACCCGAACCAGAACACGGGGAUCUCGAUCCAGAAAUGUAAAGUAACUGCGGCUGCUGACCUAAUUCCGGUGCAGUCGAACUUCUCGACAUAUUUGGGUCGGCCGUGGAAGAAGUAUUCGAGGACGGUGUACAUGCAAUCGUUUCUCGAUAGCCUGAUUGACCCUGCAGGGUGGUUGGAAUGGAACGGGAACUUCGGUUUGGACACAUUGUACUAUGGAGAGUAUCUGAAUCGCGGGCCGGGUUCGAACACGGCAGGUCGGGUAAAGUGGCCUGGGUACCACAUCAUCACAAGCGCCGCAGAUGCGAACGAUUUCACGGUAGGAUCGUUCAUACAGGGUGAUCACUGGCUCGGAUCGACUUCGAUCCCAUUCUCUGUAGGGUUGAAUUAGUGUGAGAUUAGUAACUAAUUUCAUUCUCGUUGUUGUUAACCUUCCGAUUAAUGAAAUCAAGUUCAGAGUCAGUUAUUUUCUUUUCCUUUUCAUUUA